AUGAGCGUGGACGUGUCCCCUCGCUCAGUACGGUUCUCCAACGGGGGAGAGGACGGCGCUUUCGACAUCAUCAAAUCGCCGAGAGUCAUGGAAAGGCCCCAUGUGCAAACGAGCGACUCUGGGGGGUCUGGUUCUUCUGGGGAUACUCAAGACUCCGAUCACCUCACAGUUGAUACACGGGCCACACCACACCCAGGAACGCUGGAUCCGCGGCCUCCGAUGACCAGUAUCAACUCCAGUGUGCGGAGCCACAGAGGCAGUACAGAUGCGAGCGGCCUAUACGGCAGAGUGGAAUCACCUUUACCACCUCUAAAUGGCACAACCAGCAGACCUCCAAGACCAACUGCUCCAGCUAGGACUCCAUCGAAUACAUAUGCCCCAGCACGCCGACCUCCUCAACCGCCCUACAUCUCAAUAGCAGACCGAAAUCGCUCCGGAUCCACGUCUCGAUUUCGACAAGACCCGAAUGCUUCAUAUCGAGCGCAGGAGAAGGCGUACGUACAACGUUUGCGGCAGGAUCAACCCUUGGAGUACUUUGAGCCAUAUACGCCGAGCCUUGGAUAUGGGACCGGCUCUGAUACGGAAGACGAUUCUCCUUCCGAACUCCAUUUUGAUAACGAUCCCUACGAUCAAGAGACAUUACUCUUCUACGGCAAUGAUGAUAUUCAACCAACCGCCGAAGAUCUUCAAGAUCCCGCUAAUCGAGAGCGUCUAGAAUGGCACGGCAUGUUGGCUUCGGUCUUGACAGGGGACGUUGUGAGGCAGGAAAAGAAGAGGCUUAUAGGCAACGUGGAAAAGAAAGGGGAGAAUCUAUAUUCUGAAAUAUGGCUUGGCCUUCGUGCUAAAAUCUGUGGGCGUACCAUCGCUGCGCAGAAGAGGUUGAUCGAGGACACUCGAUCCACACUCGACAAUUCAUUCGACGAGAUUAUCAGAUUCCAGGUUAAGGGAGAAAGUGAGGCUGGCAAACCUCCUGUGGACCAGGUUCGAGACAUUGUCAAGAAGAUUGAGAAGUGUGAAGGUCUCUACCCAUCUCGCACGGCCUUGGAGUUUGCGAAUAAGCUGGCAGCUUCACCUCAGUAUCAGGCUACUUGUGAUGCCGUAAUCUCCUGGCAUAAUACGACCGAGCUCAUCAACACUGAGCUGGGAAUCCUGCAGAAUUGGGUUGGUAACGCCGAGCUGGAUUUCAACAAAGCAAAGGAACGGUCGCCAUCUGGCAAUGGACUAUCAGACGAAUCUUCAUUCAUCGACAGACUCUUGAAGGAGGAUGGCCUUCGCUCUUUGCAAGGCGACAAGAGCAUCCUUCUCGGCGUCUCAAAGGUUAUUUUGAAGGCCAAGAAUACUCUCAUUAAAAACUCGGAGGCCUUUGCAAAACGUCAUCUUCCUCCUUAUAUCGAGGAGCUGUUGACGCUUAUUAACUUUCCCUCCCGCCUGAUCGAGGAAAUCAUUAAGGUUCGGCUUACAUUUGCCCGUAAAAUGAAAGAAUCAGCAUCACAAAAUUCGGUUAUGCAGGAUCAGAUGAUCGCACAAUUUAGAAUAUUGCUGAAACUUGCUAUCCGAAUCAAGCAAGAGUCCUUGGAGAUCAUCCAGCCGGAACCUGGAUGGGAUCUUCCUCCGUGUAUCGAUGAAUCAUUCGAUCAGGUAGUUUUGGAUGCAUUGAAGUUCUACUUCAAAAUGUUGAACUGGAAGCUUGGCGGGAACAAGAACACAUUCAAAGAGGCCGAAGUUCUAGAACAAGAAUGGGACUUUUCCAACGAGAUUGGGCGCCAUCUGCAAGGUGGGGAUGUCGAAGUUGCCGAACAGUUUAGCUCCCUCACCCACAAAGCUUUUCACCGUCUGAACCAGACAUUUGAAAAAGAUCUCCAGCGGAAGCCGAAGGAAACUGCAGCUGAGAUGACCAAACGUUACAAGCAAAGUCUUGACUCAGUUCGCGUUCGACAACGAAUGCUUCAACGAUUUUCGCGGGUUUUGAGUGAUCGAUUCGAAAAUGCCACGGAUUUCAGCAUUGCCAUGCGCCGAGAGGCAUUGCAGCACGUGUAUGAUAGGCUCGUCGAGACGGGUCACUUUUUGGUGUAUACUGCAACCAUUGAGCAUGAUGGGAUCUUCUUGAUUGCAUCCCCAUCGUUGUAUAACCGCCCUCAAGAUAUUCAGUCCAUACUCGGGACAUGUUACCAUGCCAAUGACGUUCAAGAAGAUCCCACCAACCCUUAUAUAUUGGUACUACGUCCCGAGAAUCAAAUACCCUGGGAUGGACGCCAAGUCGAUGCGAAUAUUGGGGAACCCUCAACUGAUGUCAAAAUCGGCCACCUCCGCUUGAUUGCCGAUGGGUCCCAAACCAGAUUACAGAACGCUCGAACAGCCUUUCUAGAUUCCAUAGACAUGCAUUUGGACAUGGUUGUCGAGCAACGUUCCAACCUUAAGAAAGUCAAUUUGAAGUUGACGGACAUCAAGAAGGUUGUCUAUAAGCUAUCCAAUUUGAUCAUGGACAGUGUGGAGAUAGUCCGAAAACAGACCGAGGGUCUCGAGUGUCAAGAACUCAUCCAAAACUGCUUCGUCUUCGCAACUGAAUUUGGUCAAAGGUCUUUACUUUACAUGGACCGAAAUAGAAAACAGAUGAACAACCUGAAACUCACCAAGCUGGCCCUAGAUUGGAUCAGCUUUAUUUGCGACGACUGCAUUGCUACCGAUCGUAAGACGUUCAGAUGGGCUGUCCUUGCUUUGGAAUUCGCUAUGGUUAUGACUCAAGGCCAGCACAUUCUUGCUCUCGGUGAAGAUGAGUAUUCGAGACUCCGCGCCAAAGUUGCAGGAUGUAUGUCUCUGCUGAUCUCGCAUUUCGAUAUCAUGGGUGCAAGAUCGACUUUGGCGGACCAGGCCGAGAAACAGAAAAUCGAAGCACUUGCAGGCCAAUUCAGAAAGAUGGAUAUGAGUCGCAUGCUUGAUGAUGAUGAAUCGUCAGCCUACGUCCGUGAACAGAGGCUGGAGCAAUUGGCUUUCCUUGACGAUACUCGAAAACAAAAGGAAGCUGAGAGACAAGCACUCGGCCGGGUUCUAGAAGAGUCGAGCGAGGCAGAUCGAUCACUGACUUAUCUCUCAUCCUCUACGUCCAAUGUGAAUAUGAGGUGGCAGCAAGGAAACUUUGUGGGUGGCGGCACCUUUGGCUCCGUUUAUGCUGCGAUCAAUCUGGAUUCUGGCCACUUGAUGGCUGUGAAAGAAAUUCGACUACAGGACCCCACGCUCAUCCCAACUAUUGCAAAUCAGAUUAGAGAUGAGAUGAAUGUGUUGGAAGUUUUGGAUCACCCUAACGUGGUCUCCUACCAUGGCAUCGAAGUUCACAGGGAUAAAGUCUAUAUAUUUAUGGAAUUCUGCUCGGGCGGCUCCUUGGCUGGACUUUUGGAACAUGGGCGGAUCGAGGACGAACAGGUCAUUAUGGUAUACGCCUUGCAGCUACUUGAAGGUCUUGCUUACCUGCAUGAGAGCGGCAUUGUGCAUCGCGAUAUUAAGCCAGAAAACAUCCUCCUCAAUCACAAUGGUGUUAUCAAGUACGUCGACUUCGGCGCCGCGAAAGUCAUCGCUCGUCAGGGCAAAACUCUCGUCGCCGCCGAUGCGGGUGCUGGGAAAGCCAACAAGUCUAUGACAGGUACCCCAAUGUACAUGUCGCCGGAACUUAUCAAGGGCGAGAAUCCCGGACGUGACGGGGCUGUAGAUAUAUGGUCACUCGGAUGUGUCAUCUUGGAGAUGGCUACUGGUCGACGACCUUGGGCAUCUCUUGACAAUGAAUGGGCCAUCAUGUACAAUAUCGCACAAGGUAACCCUCCACAACUUCCCUCUUCGGAUCAACUCAGCCCAGAAGGUAUCGAUUUUCUCAGGAAAUGCUUUGUUCGAGAUCCUAAGAAAAGGGCCUCAGCUCCAGAAUUGCUCCAACACGAAUGGAUCGUUGCAAUCAAGUCACAGGUGUCCAUUGAUCCAGGAACCCCGAGCGAUAGUGGCUCAUCAAGCCACUCAAAUUCAAGAGGCAGCCUUGGUUGA